CGAGGGUGAUUGAAGUGCAACGAAAUGCCUUCAAGUUUCAUAUGGUUCGCGAAGCAUCUGGCUGACCGGUAAUCUCCCAUUCCCGCCGUCGAGAUACUUUCAUAACUAUAGCAUGCCAGAAACGGGGAGUUGAGGUGGUUAGACCUAUACCCCGAAAUGCUCCCAGCAUAAGAGCCUAUGGUUCCAUUCUUGUUGUUGCUGGAGGUACACAUCCCUCUUCUCGGUGUGGAACGAUAUACGAGAAAUAGAUGCUCAGCCUGCAAUGUCCGAUAACGGCGCUGAAGUAGUGAAUCUAUCGGCACCAUAGCAGUGGUAUACAACUUUGGACCUAACGGCCGGCCUAGUAACCUUUCGGAAUGGGGGAUCCCCGUUGGCAACAACCACGGUAGUAGUUGCGGAACUACUGGGCUGGGAGAGGACAACCUCUUUCUUCGCUUCGGGGACGGAGGUCCUACGGUAGGUAACAGCAGGCACAAGCAAGUUGACCGAAGGGGACCAGCGCUUCUACUCCUCCACCGAGGAGCCGUUCGCAGCGAGAAGCAAGGGCUGUCGUGAACGGUGGGAGGUCACAGAGAAUUUACCUAUUCAUAGAGUGAUCCUAUGAUCGAUACAGGAUAUAUACUAUCUCUUUCUUUAUUCUAUUUCUUAAAAAAAAAAGAAGAAGGGUCCCUCUCCUUCUCUCCUUUCAGUCGAGUCACUUUGUACCUCUCCCUAUCAGUCGAGUCUAUUCUCACCUCUCACUUUGUUCGAGCAACUACGUCCCUCAACUUCUCAGCUAGAGUUGGUUUAUGUUGGCGCUGGAACGUGGGAAUUCGAGGUCUCAUGAACUACUACUCAAAACCUACUUGGUUUUUGGACAAACGAUAUCCGGUCAGGCCUAUGGAUGGAUCCUUUUAUAUCUACGGCGGCCGUUUACAUGAGCAUAGAGAAUCUAUACUCGAGGCCCCUUACAGGAUAGGUGAGGAAUCACUCUGGAUCUGGCUACAACUUCGCCGAGCCGACUAGCAUCCCUUUCCACUGUGAAUUUAUCGAACAAAUAAGACGGAUCGAAUUCGCUCUUCAAUAAACUGCUCGUCCCAUACCUUCUGCCUGUCUCAUAUGUGUGGAACCAGGUCUUUUUCGGUUCCAUAAGGCCAACCCUGGGUGAGAAACGGUUCCCUCUUGCCAAUCAACUUUCCCCGGCCUUCUAUUACCCUUAGGUCUUACGGUCGGCUAACUAAAGAAAAAAAGUGUUCUUUCUAAGAGUAGGCGUGGAGAGCUUUUUGCGGGGGAAACUUGCAAG